AUGACCCUCUCAUCCCUUCUCCGCAUUACUCCCCGCUUAACCCCGACCGCGGCCCGCAGAACAUCGCGCGCUAUAUCCUCCGCCACUAACUCAAACACAACCAAGUCAUUGGACUCAAUUCUUAUUGCUAAUCGCGGUGAAAUCGCUCUACGAGUUGGACGCACUGCUGCGGAGCGUGGGAUCCGCGUGACAACACUCUACACCGACCCAGACAGUCGAUCACAGCAUGCCUUGAGCUCGCCCUUUGCUUUCAACUUGGGGUCGGUGUCGGCGUAUCUUGAUGGUGACCGGAUUAUUGAGAUUGCCAAGAAGGAAGGAUGUCAAGCUAUACACCCUGGUUACGGCUUUUUGAGUGAGAACUCUGCAUUCGCGCAGAAAUGUACCGAGGCCGGGCUGGUCUUCAUUGGUCCGCCGUAUAAAGCCAUUGAGGAUAUGGGCGAUAAGAGUCGUUCGAAAGAGAUUAUGACAGCUGCGGGUGUACCAUGUGUACCAGGCUAUCACGGACAGAAUCAAGAUCCUGCUUUCCUCGAGGAGCAGGCAGAUAAGAUCACAUACCCGGUACUUAUUAAAGCCAUCAAAGGAGGUGGUGGAAAGGGCAUGCGUAUUGCCAACUCUAAGGCGGUCUUCCAGGCUCAGCUCGAGUCAGCGAAGUCAGAAUCCAUGAAUUCAUUUGGAGAUGACAAUGUGCUGGUGGAAAAAUAUAUCACUACGCCGCGGCACAUUGAAGUCCAGGUGUUUGCAGACAAGCAUGGCAACUCUGUGGCACUGGGAGAGCGAGACUGCAGCAUUCAGCGGAGACACCAGAAAAUUCUAGAGGAAUCUCCUGCCCCUCAUCUCCCCGAUGUAACCAGAAAGGACCUUUGGGCGAAGGCCAGAGCUGCUGCCGAGGCUGUUGGCUAUGAAGGUGCUGGUACCGUGGAGUUCAUCUUCGAUAAUGAUACAGGGGACUUUUACUUCAUGGAGAUGAACACUCGUCUCCAGGUCGAACACCCUGUGACUGAGAUGGUCACCGGACAGGAUCUUGUUCACUGGCAGAUUCUGGUGGCCGAGGGAGCCAAACUGCCUCUCACACAAGAGGAAGUCGAAGAGCGAAUCGCUCAGAGCGGACAUGGCAUUGAGGCCCGUAUCUACGCUGAGAACCCAGCACAGGGAUUCAUCCCUGACUCGGGGCGUCUACUUCACGUGCGGACACCGGCCACGUCCGAAGAUAUCCGCAUUGAUGCAGGAUUUGUGGAAGGGGACGACGUCUCCGCACAUUACGAUCCCAUGAUCUCCAAGCUUAUUGUGCGCGGUGCAGACCGCGAGGAAGCUCUUCGAAAGCUGGCUGCUGCCCUGGAAGAGUAUGAGGUUGCAGGACCCGUGACUAACAUUGAGUUCCUGAAAACCAUCUGCAAGAGCCCGGAUUUCAUUGCUGGCGAGGUAGAGACUGGCUACAUUGAGAAGCACCGCGAAGAACUGUUCAGUCCGAAGAUCAUUGAGGAGGAGGUGUUGGCGCAGGUUGCAUUGGCCUGUCUCCAUCGCGACUCUGUUUCCGGAGCGCGCGCUUCGGCAGGGGUUGCAGGCACAACCAUUGGGUUCAACCCUAGUUACCAAGAGCGACAGCUGUCAUUCACCGAGAGUACGGGGCCAGGGUCUACCGAUGGCUCUACGUUCAAUGUACGGGUACAACAGACGGCCGAUGAUACAUUCAAUGUGGAAGUCGGCGGACGGGUCUUUGAGCAGGUAGUGAGCCGCAUGGAGGCUGCGUCGCAGGUUGUCACCUCCUUCUUCGCGCACACGCGACUAGAUACGACCGUGAUCCGAGACGAGGAUACUAUUAUCGCAUUCCAACGCGGAACUCAAUAUCGACUCACCGUUCCUCGCGCCAAAUGGAUGGAGAAAGCACUUGGGCUGAAGGAUGUGGCAAAUAGCGUUCUGGCGCCGAUGCCGUGUAAGAUUCUCCGAGUGGAGGUACAGGCGGGAGACGAAGUGGAGAAAGACCAGCCGCUGGUUGUGAUUGAGAGCAUGAAGAUGGAGACGGUGAUCCGCAGUCCACAACGCGGGACCAUCGCGCGGGUGGUGCAUCAAAAAGGAGAUCAAUGCAAAAGCGGAACACCGCUGGUCGAAUUCGCCGAGUCCGAAUAA